CGAAAGCACUAGGUGCCAAACAAUUUUACAGCAUGUGAUCACAUAUUUACAAUCACAGUGUCUGGAAAUGUUUGCGUGUAACUUCGUGAAGUCGAUGCAGUUGGUGUUUUUCUUUUACUUCGUUCGAAGUUAUGCGCAACGGAUACGUUUGCUUCCGGAUGUGGCAGAACAAGUGAUUGAUGCAGGUUCCAACAUCACUCUGAUUUGUAUCUUUGAGGAUUUAAAAUUUUACAGUAAAAUAUCGGCUGUGGCACCUCUAUCAUGGGAAUUGCCCGACUACAUCGUGAAAUAUCCGGAAGAGAGUUUUGUCGCUAAUCGCCUUGUUAAGACGUUUGACACCAAUGAAACGCACAAGAUAUCGUCUCUUACUCUGGCACAGGCCACAACGAAAGACACGGGAUAUUUCGGUUGUACCGGACGGUUAUUGCGUGUUUAUGAUGAAACCUUUGAAACCAAACAAUACGUCUACGUUUACCGUAUCUUAUUCGGGGUGUAUUCAUUAAAUCAAAUUUGCAAAAUUUGAUUCAAAAUUUGCUGUAUAGGUAACGAUAGCCUCGCUUUCAUUGACGAUCCAUCCCAAGGUGGUAGAAAGGGCUACCACUUUACUUUUCGACAAGGGAAUUCCGGCCUUGUUCCAUGCAAAUCCACUCAUCAAAAUGUUACCGUAACUAUCAAAUCGGGUAUCCUUACUGUGUUAUAAAUUCGGGAUAGCCCUG